AUGCACUCACUACAUGAGUGGUUCAAAUGUCAACCUGAGUUAUCGUCUUAUAUAGUCGUCGGAGAAGCUAGUCUUCUCCGUGUCAUGCUAUUUGAGUGCAGGGCUUGUGCCCAUCACGAAUAA